AGUUCAAGUCCAAUUGAGAAUUUAUUUGAACUAUAAUUAUUGAUAAAUAUAAUAGAUUAUUUUUAAUGUUUUAAAUCGAGCCAUUCAUUUAACCAUACAUGUAAAACUAUAAAAUUUGAAAUGUUUUCUUUGAUUAACAAAUACCACCAUAACUUUAAACCAACAGUAAAGAAUGUUGUUGUGUUUCAGGUUUCAAAUUUUAGUUGUAAUGUUAGUCUACGUAAGCAAAAAGUGUAUACUUCUGUCAGCCAUGCUUUAGAGGAUAUAAAACCAGGCAGUAAAAUUCUAUUUGGAGGUUUUGGUCUCUGUGGUAUCCCAGAAAAAUUAAUUGAUGGCCUUGUAGAACGAGAUGAUAUAAAUGAUUUAACUGCAAUAAGUAAUAAUGCUGGUGUGGAUAACUUUGGCUUAGGAAAACUAUUAAAACAAAAGAAAAUUUCAAAAAUGAUUGCUUCGUAUGUGGGUGAGAAUUCGGAGUUUGAGCAGCAAUAUUUAAAUGGAGAACUUACAGUAGAACUUACACCACAAGGGACAUUGGCUGAACGAAUACGAGCUGGAGGUGCAGGAAUACCAGCGUUUUACACACCUACAGCUGUUGGUACUCUUGUAGAAGAAGGUGGUAUUCCAUUGAAGUUUGCAUUACAUACAGAAUCUGUUAAAGGAAAUGAGGAGAAAGAAGCAAACAAAAACGGACUUUCCAAAAAAGGUCAAGCUGAAAUAACUAGUGAUGCCCGAGAAACAGAAAUAUUUGAUGGUAAAACGUAUGUUUUGGAAAGAGCGAUUACUGCUGAUUAUGCUAUUAUUAAAGCCCAAAAAGCUGAUCAUGAAGGAAAUCUUGUAUUUAAUAAAUCAGCUAGAAACUUUAAUGCUGUUAUGUGCGCUGCUGCUAAAACAACCAUUGUAGAAGUUGAAGAAAUAGUUGAAAAUGGUUCUAUUGAUCCAGAUCAUGUACAUGUUCCUGGGAUAUAUAUAAACAGAAUUGUACUAGGCAAAGAUUAUGUUAAAAAAAUUGAGAAAACAGUUUUAUCCAAAAAAUCUGAUCAAUCUGAUUCCAUGUUAGUUAGCUCUUCGGCUGCUCAAUUAAGAGAAACAAUUGUUAAGCGUGUAGCUCUUGAAUUCAAAAAUGGCAUGUAUGUAAAUUUGGGCAUAGGUAUGCCAAUGUUAGCUAGUAAUUACAUUCCUGAGGGUGUCCAGGUAAUAUUACAAAGUGAAAAUGGUAUUCUUGGUCUUGGUCCUCAUCCAUCAUCAAAAAAAUUAAUCGAUCCAGACUUGAUUAAUGCUGGUAAAGAAACAGUUACAGUUAUACCUGGUAGCAGUUUUUUCGGUAGCGAAGAAAGUUUUGCAAUGAUAAGAGGAGGUCAUUUGGAUUUAACUGUACUUGGCGCAAUGGAAGUGUCACAGUUUGGAGAUUUAGCUAAUUGGAUGAUACCAGGUAAAUUGGUGAAAGGUAUGGGUGGAGCAAUGGACCUUGUAUCAGCACCACAUACCAAAGUUAUAGUUGCUAUGGAACAUACGACCAAAGAUGGCUCACCAAAAAUUAUCUCUAGCUGUACUCUUCCAUUAACUGGCAAUCGAUGUGUUGACAGAAUAAUCACGGAAAAGUGUGUAUUUGAUGUGGAUCCUGACAAUGGAUUAACUCUAGUUGAGAUUGCUGAAGGCAUUGAAAUUGUUGAUAUAGUUCAAAGUACAGAAUGCCAGUUUAACAUAGCUGACAAUUUGAAAAUAAUGGGACAAAUAGAAUAGUUAGAACAUAUAAUUAAUAAAUUUAAGUUAAUAAAAUCAA